AUGCCGCCGAACCCUGCGAUUCCAAUUCCGAGCUUUGGCACUGUGACUCCUUCCGUGGACGGAUCGCCGGAAAGCACCAAUAUGCCGACUACUUGUCCUUCGAAUGAUUCCGUGGUAGUAGUCCGAGUCCCAGCUCGUUGGAAUGUGUCAUUGCUGCUACAGUUGGAAAUUGGUCUGCAGCAUUGGUUUCGCAAGCAGGGUAAAAAUGCCACGAUGACCAUGCAAGUUUUUUUGGCGGUGGUUCGCAAACUGGAUUGGCAACAACACGAGGCUCCCAGCAAAAGCAGCAAGCCAGCCAACCAUUGUGACAAGCACAAUCAAUUAGUAGCUGACUUGUCCAAGGAAGAACGCUUGAUGCACGAUCUACUGUGUGUGGCUGCCAAUCCUUCGAGCAAAGAUCCGCUCUACAAAGUCUAUUUCGAUAAGGAUGGUGGUCUGAAACAACUCCAAAGCUCGGUCGAAAAAUUGAAACGCCUCUUGGCGCAGACGAUAACCUUGGAGGAAGCAUGGAGUCACGAAGUCUCAGCCUUGAUUCGAAAAGUUGUACCGAAAAAAGAAACCAGUAACCAACAGGAAAACAACAGCAUCAAGACUGCCAGCAUCCUCCCGAAAGCGCCUUCCGCUGUCAUUACCAAAGACAUGACACUCGAGGAACGUGUCCAUGCCCGAGCCAAAGUCAAACAAGAACAGCAACUUUUGAAAGAAGGGCUGACUUCUUCUUCUCUAUCACAACCACUCAACGACAACAGCAGCAUGAUGGAUCGGAUAUGGAUGAUUCAACUGGCCGAUGCUCUCUGGAACCAUGCGACUGGCAUUUUGAAUCGUCAGAAUUCUACGAGAAAUAUGCCUAGCAAAUUGGCGAGCAAUUCUCUUUUUCAUUCUACUACCAGUACUGCCAAUCAACCUCAUCGCAAGAAACAAAAGACCGAAAAGACCCAAUGCAUUGUCAUGACAUUCAAGGACGUCAUUCAAACCCUCUCCAAAAGUCGCAUGGGAGAAACUUCGCCCGUAAAAAUUGCCAAAGCAAUCUCCGAGUUGCAAACCUAUUCUCCCAAAUGGAUUUCUGUCAUCUUUGGCAGCAGCAGCAACAGCAAGGUUGGCAAGCAAAAGAAACAAUCGUUCAAAUGGCAUCUCACCAAUACCACGAUCUUUAUCAAGCCGGAAAUCUAUAAGAAACACGUUCGGGCGCAGCUGAAUGGUAGUCCUGCAUCCAAAACCGACGAAAAGCAACCUCCCAUAAGCCAGGACAUUGCCACCGAAACUACCAAAGCCGAACCCAGCCGGAAACGGGCUUCGCCGGUCGCCAAGAACCUCCUCACUGAUUUUGAGUGUGCCAAGAUACCCACCACCAACAAAACAGACUCGACUGUCGUCACUCACAAGGACAAACGCAUCAAAACGGAAACAGACGACUCGGUGACGACAAGAUCCUCCAAAAAAUCCUUGUGUCAACGUGCCAACAUAACGGCACGGAUUGCAACUGACCAGGCGGCCCCCUCUUUGAACAAGAAACGGGAGCGGGAAGUCGCCACUGAAGAGCCUGCCAUUAUUCCCAAAACACCCUCAUCGCCACCAUCCAGCCCUGGCAAGCACCACAAGUGUCUUCGAAUCAAGAACAGACUUCGCAUCAACCCUCACCACACACUCAUGGAUGAGGAUGACACUGGUGGGAUUGUCAUUUUUCCGAGCAUUGAUGCCAGUCCGAACCAGCUCAGAUCGCUCUUUUGGAGAUUGAACCGGGGCGAGAGAAUCUAG